AUGUGUGGGACUUGCAACUUCCUGCUGGCUUCCCCACAGGUGGUGGGAAGCCGGCCGGAAGUUGCCUUGCCUAGCGACCACGGGAUCAGGGCUGUCCCGUUAAAAAAAGAUGUGCCCCUGCAAAUAACCCCCCAGGAUCUUCUAAACGUAAAACUGAAGAAGACCCAGAGUGAGCCAACGAUGGACAAGGAAAUGUCACCAUCCAAGGGGCGCAAGGCGUUAAUUACUCUCAAGGAUCUGCAGAGCAUCCGUCUCCAGUCCAAAGCCCCCCAACCACUUCCUCGCAUUACAAGUCUUUUCAAUCCUCCCAGCAGAGAUGGUUUAGAUUUCCGAAAACAUUUGAAAAAAGUUGCUAUUAAGAGGAGUCCAGGGGGAACCCCAAUGAUUAAUAAAGAAAACACUGAGACUGGUACAGGACUGACACCAAUUAUGACUCAAGCUCUCCGGCGCAAAUUUCAGGCAAGGCCAUCUAGAAAUGUAUAUUGCUCUCACUGCUCAUGUCGAUUUCCUGGUAAAAUGGAUAAGUCUGUGCACAAAAAUGAAGAAGAACUGUUUUUUUAA